CCAGGCCCCAAAACAGACAUCCUACCCCUAGCACGCAGCACUGGCCCGCCUCUUCUCUUGCGAAUAUUCUGCGGCAUUUGCCGGCGUUUUGAUGGAUGACGAGGCAAGGCCAUUUCGGAACCGGCCCCCAAAGCAACGCGGGAAUAACGGGUCGAGUAUGGUUCCAAGGAAAAGACGGACAGGAGUACUGGUCAAAGAGAGGAAAUGGGGGGAUUCAACGGCGUCAAUAUCUUCCAGGACUCUCGGGUUUCCUUUCUGCUGCUCCAUACCUACUACCUACUCUCUUACCCCCCAAACCAUCACCAUCACGAGAUGAUUGACGACGACGAACUCUUCUUCCUGUCCGCGCAAAACGGUCGGCUGGACCUGCUCGCUCUCUCUAUCUCUUCGUGCCUAAUAUCUUUUUCCUUUCCUGUCGCUCUGGCUUGUGGGAUUUCUUUUGUUGGCGGAUCGAACCACUAUGUUUUUCCUUCUGUUGAUGUGCCUCAGAUGUUACGACUCACGACCCGCAUGCUAUGCUACGCUGCUAUAUGCUUGAUCGAGUUUGGUUUCCUUUCUACGUAUCGCUGCUUGCUAGCUAGGCUCUUUACCCGUCUCCUCCUUCUUCCCAAAGAUGCAUGCAUCAGCUCACGUCUCUUCGUCUUCUUCUUCUCUCAACUUCUUACCGGAGGAGAGGAAGGGAGGGCGAAGAAGGCAACUGCUUCCUGAGCUUUUAUGCUCGGGCUGGUAAUGGUGGGAGCGGCAUCCAUCCGGGUAUCCAU